AUGUGUUGUGUUAUAUUUUUGGGCUUUGCCAGCGUAGCCAUUGUCGCGGCCAGCGAAGGACACCAGGAAAGUGACGACGGCCAGGUCGCUUACAAGUUCGGGUACGGUGUUCAUGAUCCCCACACCAAGGACAUCAAGGCACACCACGAAGAAAGACGUGGCAAGCACGUGAUUGGGUACUACACUUUAAAACAGCCCGACGGCACCAUACGCGUCGUCCACUACAGAGCAGGACCUCAUUCCGGGUUUGAGGCCAAAGUAGAGAUAAUAGGGCAUCCCCAUCAUGAUUCCCAUCAGGGUCAUGCCAGCAACAAAGCUCAGGUAAUUCAGAAAGAUCACAGAAGUCACAGAGGUCACGGAAAUGAUAGAGGUCACGGAAAUGAUAGAGGUCACGGAAAUGAUAGAGAUCACGGACAGUACUCUGCUAGUCAAGGUUACAGUGUCCAUGAUCCUGAGGAUAUUGCCAGAUACUUGGGACCCAGACACCAAGGCUAUCAAGACGAAGGCGACGAGUAUUAA